AUGCCAACAAUAAUACACAAUGGCAGUACUUUGACCACCCAACUAACAUUUGGCCCCGGGACAAACCUUGAAAUUGGCGCAAUUCUGAAUUCUACUGUGACAUCUUCUGAUCUCUCCCCGGGCAAGUUCUUCGUCAGUGUAACUAGAUAUAGACUAUAUCUUUCUUUCAAUCCGAGUACUCCACAAAAAUAUCAGAGUAUUGCAUAUACAGAUGUAUACGGCAUAGUGUUUAAUUUUUCUGGCCAUGAUGUGAAGUAUCAGAAAAAUGGAACAUCCUUUCCAUAUUUGAGGCUCGAAUCAAAUGGGCACUUCAAUAUGUAUGAUGGGAGUACGUCUAAUAUUGAUCUCGCCAGAAACAAACAUUAUCGAGACUGUAUAGACCCCACUACUUGUGGCACUUUUGGAGUAUGUUCCGAUGAUCGUUGCACAUGCCUUGGUGAAGGCGAUGGAAAUUCGACAUAUUUUCGGCAGAUGGGCGGUGGGGGGAAUGAUUUUUCUUGUGAAGAUGUCACUCCUGUGACAUGCCCUGAUUUGAAUCUUCGCAAGCUUUUACCACUUGAAAAUGUUAUACUUUGGUUUGUCCCCAGCCUUAUUAAUACAAGUGUCGAUAGCUGCCAAGCGGCUUGCCUCAGAAAUUGUUCUUGCAAAGCUGCCUUGUUCAGGUACCAUGGAAACCUCUCUUUUGGAUGCUGUUUUUACCUGAGAUGGAGAAAGACUAAAUUUUUCAAGGGGCUAGUAAGAAGGAAAGAUGACUCGAUUGACGAAUUUUCAUUCCAAGUAACCAAUAUUUUAAGGAAGUUCUCUUUAGAAUUUUUUAUUGCUGCUACUCAGGAUUUUCAAGUGAAGCUUGGUCAAGGAGGGUUCGGGUUUGUUUUCGAAGGAAUUUUGGUGAAUGGCACCAAAGUUGCGGUAAAACAGUUGGGUUCUGAUGUGAACCAAGGCAAGAAGGAAUUUCUCUCAGAGGUGAAGACAAUCGGCAGCAUUCAUCAUUUUAAUCUGGUUAGACUUGUUGGCUUUUGUUCUGAAAGAUCAAAGAGGCUUUUGUUUUAUGAGUACAUGUGCAAUGGAUCUCUGGACAAAUGGAUUUUCCAUCGAAAUGACACAAAAACUCUUACUUGGGAAACUAAAAAGAAAAUCAUUGUUCAAAUAGUCAGAGGACUUGAGUAUUUGCAUGACUAUUGCAAUCCUAACAUCAUUCACUUUGACAUCAAACCUCAAAACAUUCUCCUCAAUGAAGAUUUGAAUGCCAAGAUUUCCGAUUUCGGAUUAGCCAGACUGAUUUCCAGGAAUCAAAGCCAUGUAUCCACAAUGCCAAAGGGCACUCCAGGAUAUAUGGCCCCUGAGUUGAUUAGAGGCAAAGAUAUCACAAUGAAGAUUGAUAUUUACAGCUUUGAAGUUGUGAUAUUAGAAAUUAUAUGUGGGAAGAGAAAUUCCAACUCUUAUCUCAUUGGUACUCUAAAACCCAAAGCUGAAGAAGAUCAACUUUCCGAUUUAGUUGACGAACAAAGUGAGGAUAUGCAGAACCACAAAGAAGAUGCUGUUAAGAUCAUUCAGGUAGCCAUUUCAUGCUUACAAACAAAUUUGAAUAGAAGGCCUUCAGCAUCAGAAUUGGUAAAGGUUUUUGAGGGUUUGUCAACCUUGGAACCUAUCAUGGAUUGUAGCUUCUUAAGUAUUGUCCGUCCCGAAUCCCCCUGCGAAACCGGUCCAGGUGAUUCAUCUCCCAUCACCGCUUCAGUUCUAUCAGGGCCAAGAUGA